AGACGUUUGUUUGAGUUUAUAUCGGGCUGCUGUUUGUGUUGCAGCGAUAUAUUUUUUUAGAACUUUUUGACGUUAAAAACAAAAGAAAAUCGCCAAAAUGACGACUACAACUGCUGCAGUGAGUGCCACCACGACGACCACAGCUACGAUAAGUGAUCAGACACUGAUGGAUAAAUCCAUAAGAUCAGUUUUCGUCGGUAAUAUCCCGUAUGAAGCCACCGAAGAAAAUCUCAAAGAUAUUUUCAGCGAAGUUGGACCAGUACUAUCGUUCAAAUUAGUAUUUGAUCGAGAGACAGGGAAACCAAAAGGAUAUGGAUUUUGUGAAUACAAGGAUCAAGAAACUGCCCUUAGUGCCAUGCGUAAUUUGAAUGGCUAUGAAAUAAGUGGAAGAACAUUAAGGGUUGACAAUGCUUGUACAGAAAAAAGUCGAAUGGAAAUGCAAAAUCUGCUGCAGGGUCAGAGCACUGAAAAUCCUUAUGGAGAAGCUGUACAAUCUGAUAAAGCACCAGAAGCUAUUAGUAAAGCAGUUGCUUCUUUACCACCAGAACAAAUGUUUGAAUUGAUGCGUCAAAUGAAGUUAUGUGUUCAAAAUAAUCCAAACGAAGCACGACAAAUGCUUUUACAAAAUCCUCAACUUGCAUAUGCUUUACUUCAAGCACAAGUUGUUAUGAGAAUUGUUGAUCCACUCACUGCUGUAAAUAUGCUUCAUAAAGCUAAUCCCAUUCCACCAGUACUUGUACCAUCAGAGAAUCCACCAUCAAUAAUGAGUGUACCACCACCAAGAAUUGAAGAACCAUGGAAUCCUAAUCGUCCACCACCACCAAUACCAGCUCCAGUUGCUAAUCCGACCCUUGUUGCUCCUCCUACUCCUAUAUUUUCUAGUCAAGAUGUAGAUUUAAGAACAUUAGAUCGAAAAAUAGACCCAAGAUUAUCAAGAAUGGAUCAAGAUUUGAGAGGUCCCCCACCAACCACGUCAGCACCUCCACCACCACUUGUUACACCACCCAUACUUCCUCCUGCUGUUUCUGAUCCUAGAUCAGCAGUUCCUCCACCUCCAGCCUUCAAUAUGCCAGAGAGUAUUGGUCUCCUAUCUAUGGAAGGAUUAGAAAGCUUUGGUAGAGAUCCAAGAGCAGAAAGAUUUGCAAGAGAUGCUCCAAGAGACCCAAGAAUACCUGUUGAUCCUAGAAUGGCUGCUAAGUCCAAUGUUGCGACACCAGUACCACCUUCAACUACCUUAAAUUCAGCUGCAGCAUCAGGAAUGGCAGGAAGUACAGCACGUUUAAUGGCCGGAAUGCCUACAGGAAGUAUUCCAAGUGGGGCAACUGAUCAAGAGAAGGCUGCACUCAUCAUGCAAGUAUUGCAGUUAUCAGAUGAACAAAUAGCGAUGCUUCCUCCGGAACAAAGACAAAGUAUUUUAGUGCUCAAAGAGCAAAUUGCCAAAAGUUCACAACGUUAAUCCAAUAUUUGUUGCAUUUAUUCUCAAAGUUAGCUUCUUGUCUCUUUAUCUUGUCUUGUCGGUUAAUGAAUUUCACAAUCCUCUCGAUUAUUUUGUCGUCUUUACUUUCAUGAAUUAAAACAGAAUCAUUGUAAAAAUAAUGUAAGAUAGAACAAAAAUUAUUUGAUAUAAUUCAUUACUUAUAUCUAAUUAAAUUUCAAUUAAUGAUUAUUCGAAAAUGUAUAGUUUGGGAACCAAACAGUAAUAUUUUGAAUGAAUAUUUCACACGUAAAAAUAGUCGCUGCAUUCAUAUUAAUAUAAGUUGUGUAUAAGGAUUUUUAAUAAAAUUAUAAUUUUUUAAGUAAA